CGGGAAAACAACAGGAACGGAAAGGGAAACAUUUUGCGGAAGAGGGUAUUUGUUUGUAGGUCAGGCUGGAGGUAGGACCAUCAUGCCCCUUUGUUUAUUUGUAUUUUUUUUUUAAAUCAACCUCCAUUAGGGGUGAUUAUACAGUCCGGUUAAAUUGGACCAAAUUGAUCCGGUUUCAGUCCGGUCUUUUCGGGAAUAUAAGGAUCAAAGAUUGGAUUGGAUACAGUCCGGUCUUGAUUUGGUCUGGUCCCAAUUUGAUCUUGAUUUUAGGUGUUGGCGAUCUCUUAUCCGGUUUUUUACCUCAAAUCUAAGCCCGAAUAUGAGAUUGGAUUGUUUGCUAUCCGGUCUCAGUCCAAUCCCGGUCCGGGUUAUACGGUCCGAUUUCGGAUAAAACCAAACAGUCCGGAACCAAAUAGCCAACCCUAACCUCCAUCAUCAUCCCAACCAGUGAUGGCCAAUUUGGUAUCCAAUUAAUGUUUUCAGUUUUACGUCAUUUUCCCUCCAAAUUAUUAUUAUUUUUUAUUAAAUUUAUUUUCCUUGGCACUUCCUUUUCCCUACUUAUCCAAAGCUCCAACCACGCCAAGCCAUCACAAUAUUCAACUGUGUCACGUCUAAUUUUCAGCAACACUCACUCAGCUCAUUAUUUCAUAUGAUUUUAACCUAAGCGGGUAAAAAAAUGUGAACCUUUUUUUUUUAUUAAUUAAGAUUAACCGCAUACUAAAAUUAAAAGUGAAAAAAACGAUGAAAGUGGAGUCUGUGAUUGGGCGGGCCCCACUGCCACCUAGCUCGCCUCCUUCUCCUGCGUGUCAUACACCCUGUCACUUUGUCCGUACCCUGUCUCUUCCUCCUCUCCAACCCGUAGCUCGCACGUGCGCUCCCCCUUCUCUUCUCUCCCACCUCCGCCCACACGUGCCGCCAGCAGCUCUCCUUUUCCCUCUUCUUCCUUUCUCCUCCUCCUCUCUCUCUCUCUCUCUCUCUCUCACACAUUUUUCUGUGGUGCAACAACAAUUGCCUCAUCACCCUCCUCUCCUCUCCCCUCCCACAGCCGCAGCAGCCAACUCAUACAAAAAAGGCAGCGAUUCUUUUCUGGAAUCUCAGAGGAAACUGAAACUCAACAAGAAAGAGAGAGUACGAAAGGGAGAUCGAUCAAUUUGUUUCUCUUCUGCGUUCUCGAUCGAUCUCGUGAGUUUUGCAGCUUCGUGAUUUCGCUUCUCGAUCUCUCUCUGCUGUGGCGGGGAGGGAAAUCCGAUGAGGAUCAGGAAGAGGAAGGUGCCGCUGCCGUUCCAUUUGCUCUCUCCAGUUCCAAUCCCAGCUCCUUCUUUCCUCUCUCCAGAUCCCGACCCCACCGCCGCUACUACUCCGCUGGUGCAACUCCGCCACGGCGCUUCGGUGACGAGACCGCCGAUUCCCGCCUCCGAUGACAACAAAGCUGCUGCUGCUGCUGCUUGUUGUGGCGGUGGAGCAGCAGGCCCGACUGUUCGUUCCGGUGGCAUUGGGCCGGCGCACCCGAUUUACCCGAUAUCGUGGAAAGAUGGGAAAGAUGAAUUUGGGAUCAAUGCCAACAAUGCUGCUGCUGCUUCUGCUUCUGCUUCCCAUCUACCACCUGUAUCAUCGUGGUGCAAAGAAUACCAUUGUCAAGAUGUGAAGAAUAACGAUGAUGUUACUAAUAACAAGUUGUCACCGUUCUUCCCAUCCAGGAAGAGAAGCAGCUGGUCAUCUUCCCCGGCCUCGUCCUCGUCUUCAGCCUCCUCCUCCUCCUACUUCGACAUUAGACCAUCAAACAGUAGUACUGAUCACAUCUGCGGGAUAGGUGAUGGUGUGAAUAGUAGUAACGAUAAGAAGAAGAGAUCGUCAGGAGGAGGAGGAAGAGGUGGUGGUGGUGGAGUGGUGAUGGAAGGGUCUCGAUGCAGCCGAGUAAACGGGAGGGGAUGGAGGUGCUCGCAGCCAACUCUCGUGGGUUACUCUCUCUGCGAGCAUCACCUGGGGAAAGGCCGCAUGAGAAGCAUUACUGCGGCCACCAGCAAUCUCCGUCCACCGCGUCAAUUGGGCAACACCAGCAACACUACUACUACAACUACUGUGAGUACUGCACCAAAGACGAAGCAUAAUCCAUCGUCGAUGAUCAUCAGCUCGUUGGCCGUCCAACAAUUGCACGUUGGAGCAGUGGUGCUGCCAAGUAGUAGUAGUAGUUAUGGGGUUGACGACGAAGAUAAGGAAGAAGAAGAAGAGGAGGAGGAGAAGAGGCGGCAGCAGCAGGAGUCGCAAUUUGUGUUCCCUGCUAGUAAGAAGAAGUCCAAGCUUGGGGCGGUGAAAGCUCGAUCCAUUAGCAGCUUGCUGGACCAACCCGAUAACGGUAGUAAUGCUGCUGCUGUGGUGCAGCAGCCAGCCAGCAGCUGCUAGUAUCCCAGCUUGUUCAGUAGUCCAACAGGAUCUCUAAGGUGCAAUUGUGCGAUAACAAGAAUAUAGUAUACUAUGUAGAGCUUUAUGUCUGAGUUUCAGCUUGUUGUCGAAUGCAAGUGGCAUGCAUUAAUGGGACCGAUCGAUUUAUGUCCAUGAAAGUAAUAAAUGGAUCUUAAAAAA